AUGCAAGAUAUCAAUGGUGAUAUUAUCCAGUGGAGUAAACUUUGGCAAUUUGUCUCCGGCAUACACUAUGGCACACCGAAUGCGGAUGUUAAGGAAAAGCUGUUUCAAGUAUCGAAAGAGCUGGUGGAUGGAAUAUUCCAUUACAAAAAGCCAACCAAAGCGGCGGAGGAAAAGUUACAAAAGUUGAUCAAGGAUCGAAAUCAGCUCAAGCUGCAACCAUUCGCAAACAAAUUGCAUCAAUACUUGGAUAUCGAUGCCAUCCAAUCAUGGCAAAUAUUGUGCUUCUACUUGGUGAACGAAUACCGCGGUGCAGCAACGGCACUGGCGGAAUAUAUUUCCACAGAAACCUCCAUGGUGAAAUUGUUACACGACAUCUGGACCUACCACACAAUGGAGCGAAUGGUGCAGUUGAAAGUGAUGAAAAAUCUGCUAGAAUAUUUCCACUCCGGCAGCCACCCGUACACGAAGGAAUACCGUGAAGUGGUGGAAGCAAUCGGCCUACCAGCGCUCCGGAAGUCGUAUCUUGCCCAACUCACACACCUCAUCGAAGGUCCGCUUUGUUCGCAAAAAACGCUCCCGAACGACAUUCUGCACGGCCAAACGAAGCUGGCUUGCUCCGAACGAAGGCUCCGCGAAACAAACGAGAUACUGCAAAUCCUUCUGCUAAUCGUGCACUACAGCGGCAUCAGCCCGGAAGAGCUCGAGCAGCUGUUUAAUCUGUUUCGCGAGCAUUCGUUCGGCAAACAGCAGCAUCAUUUGGAUGCUGCCUCCGAAGCACACUGCGAGUUGGUAAAGCGCAUAACGUUCAACGAACUCGCGCUCGUCUUCCGGACGUUGGAUCUUUCCGAUAAGUUCGACGAUGCCAGCUGGAUCGAGCGGGUGGUGGCCGCCCUGGAUGGACCGAUGGUUUCGUUACACCAAUUUCCCGAGCAUGGACCACUGUUGCUGCUGUGGAUGCUGUUCAACUUCCGGCUACAGCACACGGUGGAAGAUGAGGACACAACGCGACGCUACCAGCAGCUAGGAUCGCGCGCAAUCAAGCUGGGCGUGUUUGAGUAUCUGCACGGGAUCGUUUCUCACCCGAUGUUUAAAGACCAAAGCCUUACGGCGCGUAUCGUGCGCAAAUCCAUCUUUAAUCAUCUCGGCUUUUUGUGUCAACUGUUCGACGCGGACGAAUCGAUAGCGCACCAUAGCAAAAUAUUCGAUCUGCUCAGCGAACUCCUCACAUCGCCCACGAUUGCAACGGAGUUCUGCAAAACGGAAGACCAUCCGAUACGGGCGCUGUUUAACAUUUCGCUGGAGCAAUUUCCGGUCGAGUUUACACCCCUGUCCAAGAUAGCGUAUGCGCUGGCCACAGCUGGUUCGUCCCAGAACAGCUACAUCCAACGGUUGUUGGAAAACCUACCCGUCUACACGGAGCUGUACACUGGCCGCAAUCAGUACGAGAUACGGAAAGCAUCAAGCACCCAUGACGACGAGUUUGCGCUUUGUCACGAGUACACACCGUCGGAAAAGAUCAACUUUACGAUCCCACGUGGGACAAAGCUGAUCGUACGGGACGUUCACAGCCAGCGGACGUGUGUACACUUCCGCACGCGGUAUAACUAUUUUAACGCUUUACACCACGAAAUUAACGAGCUGUUGCAGGACGCGCAAGCCAUCAGCACAUUCAGCUCGGAACGAGUCGAACGGAUUGCGACCGGAUUGAAAUACCUCGCCGUAGCCGUGAGGCGCAUUCAGCAACCGCACGAUAUUUCGGCGGAAAUGGUCCACCCAACGGAAAUGGUGUUCGACGUGCUGCUAAAGUUUAAAGCCGUCCCGAAUCCACCGCUGGAUCUGCUCGUGCAAUGUUUGAACGUAUGUACCGCCCUGGUGCCGUUGUUUGAACAGGAGAUAUACACCCGUAUCGUUAACCUGAACAUUCUACCGUCGGUUAACAAUGCGAAUUUGAGCUACCACGAUUACGCGAAUGGCGUGGGAUAUGAUUCCAGCCUCGUGGGGUAUUACCUGAUGAACGUGGAACGGAAUACCGGCCGUUAUCCGAUCAUGAUGGCGUAUUUUAACUUCCUUAAAACGUACACCAAGCUUCGGCGCGAUAACGUGUUUGGCGUGGAGUUGCCGGGCGCGUUAUUUUUGCUGCGUGAAGUUUUACCCCACGCCAACAAUUGGCGAUACGAGACGAGUUCAGAUCGUUACCGUGUGCUGGUGUUCGUGGUGCAGUACAUCUACGAGGUGUUGCAGAUCAGCGAAGAAAAGCUUCAGGCGGAUGGUGCACGUCGCGUCCUGCGAGAUGUGUGCGUUUACAGUCUCUUGAAUCGUGACAAUGGAAUGGUGCUGCUAAAGAUCGUUGGUCUGGGUAAUGGAUACUUGCAGGCGGUGAUGGAAAAGGAAUCCAACUGGAUGCUGGUACCGGAGCAGCAGCUAAACCUCAUGAUACAGUACUCGAUCACGAUUCUGAUGCAAAUACUGAAGCUGAAAAAACACAUCCAAGAGUACGACCUAUCGCCGCUGGAAUCCGCCAUAUACACGCAACCGAAGCAGCGGGACACGUUGCGGAUCAUCCCCAUGGUGACGGGAUACAUGAGCAACAUUUUCAAUCCAAGACUGCCGAUUCUUUCCUGCCGGUUGCUGCGACGGUUCGCGCUGGAGUUUCGCAUGUCGCUGCUGGCGUGUUUGGACAUGGAACCGGAUCAGAUACGGCACACGUUCCUGGAGCUGCUGCACGACGACAUCGAGAGCGAAGACUUGAAGCUGGCCGUGCUGGAGUUCGUGGAGGCGUGUGUCCACAAGCAGCCAGGGUUGACGGAGGCGUUUUUUAAGGUUAACUACGGCAACCCCGACCGGCGGUUGUUGUUGGGUGGAGCGAAGGAUGGCGGAUCGCUCGUCGCGAGUGGUGGUAAAACCCGCCCCAGGACGAUGAUCAACGAUGGUGUGCCGACGUACAUGGAGGAGUUUCUCGAGGCCAUCUCGAAAGAUCCCACCAAACUCGCGAGUCCGCUUUUGUCGCGCAUUAUGUCGCUUUUCCACGCGCUGUGGAAAAACAACAUGCAGGCGCUGGUGCACGGACUGAUACGGAAGCCGUCCUUUUGGCCGUCACUGUGCAACCCGCUGUUUAGUGAGCAUCUUUCGAGCAAUGUGCGUUCGUACAGUCAGCUGUUUAACAUCCUCGGAAUCGAGCUGUUCCGUGUGAGCGCUGCAUCCGGCGCCAAGAUGGACGCCGAGUUGAUGAAGGUGUUCGAAAGGAUUACGCAAACGUACGAAACGUUCGCAAAAUGGGUCGACAUUGUGCUUGACCUGCCGGCGUAUUCCACAAUCCCGUGUCACACGGACAACAACGAGACAAACGCUAACGUAACCUCAACUUGGUACGAAGAGUACGAUCAAACGCCCGAUUGGCUAGGGCGGUUGCAAUCGUUUAAGGAUUUGCUGGUGCUGAUCAUCCGUAAAAAGGAACGUGGCAUUUCUCUGCACGAACGCUGCAAAACGUACCUCGCGGAACGGUUGCUCGAGGUGCUGGUUGUGCGCAUCGAACAAAUAUCGGAUCUACGACCGCUGAUCGUACUGGGCGAGUUGUAUCUGAUCGUGCUGUCUGAAUUUGAUCACAAAUUCACGGAAGAUCCCGUCAGGGACGGCCUGAUGUUACGACGUACGGAAAUGUUGCUGAGCCAGCUGGCCGUCUCCUACGAGGACAUACACCGAAGGGCCAAGGAAGCGUUGCUAGCGAUCGCUAUCAAAACGGUCGAGUUACAGGCGGACUGUUUGGUACAACAUUACACCAUCGCUGGGGAGCUAACACGUGGUGCGGUUGACAUCGCGGGCAAGGAAAUAUGCGCCCUCGAACUCAUCGUCAAAGCUCACGGAUUGAAGGUGAAAGUGGCUGGGGAUGUGUCCGAUGGCAAGCAGUACAAUUCGCUGCUGCUCGUCAUCAACCUCCUGAAACAGCUGACAAUUAACUUCGAUCAUCCGGAGAUCGGUCCGGCAACGUUACAAACGAGCAACCGGUGGGUGAACUGGUUAGUGAAGGGAAAACUUUUCCAACGGUUGCUUAGCAUCACUGGCACCGUGCUGCCGGACUACGCUCGACGGAAGUUGGUACUGGAGAUGUUAAACUUGCUCAUACUGCUCGCUGAAAGCCAGUGUUCGGAAGAACUGCUCUACAGCGACGUGGGAGACUAUCUGUGGUUGAAACUGUUGCCUCCAAAGGAAUUGUUGCAACGCCCAUACGUUAUUGUGAAUGAUGUCAAACAACAGUGGCAAACGCAGGACUGGUGGCCGAUCUACUCCAAGGGCAUCCAUUUCGUUCGGGCGUUGAUGAACAAACACGGAUAUCGCUUUUUGCGUGAUGCCAUCUUUUUCGUCGGCAUCCAUGAGGAGUACCUGAUGGAUUCGUUGAUGUUAGCGAAGCAAUCCCUCGAACCAAGUGCGUUUGUGCUGAUACACGAAACGCUGGAGCUGCUCUGUACGAUGGUGCAGUACGAAAAGCAAUGGCGUUUAGAACAUAGCCAAAGUUUGCUGAAUUUAAUGCGCUGUGUUCAACUCCUUAUGGACCACUCGAUCUCGCUGCUGUACAGGCCAAAGAUACUGAAACGCCUCACAACCGGGAUGGCCGACAACGGAAGUCUCAUCGUUACGGAGCUGGAAAUGGACCCAAGCACGAUCGACACCUCUGACGAACUUGUUGGUGCGAUGAACAACCUCAUCGAGAUCGUAACGCUGUGCGCAAAGUGUCUGCUUUGCUUCAGUCCACCGCUUCUGACGCUUUUGUGCGAUGUCGAGUUUAUCCCAAGCCAAUGGAGCCCACUGAUCGAGAUUCAGUUCGGUGCACCGAAGCUUAGCACGGACAAUUACUCGCAGCUGAGCUUCGGUUCGCUGUUGCAGGCAGUUUGCAUCUUUACAAAAGUAUUAAACCUGCAACAUUAUAGCUUCAGUGAAACACCACUAAACGAACUGCCUGCUAGUGAAGGGAACGAACAGGACGACAUGACAGACGGUGCGCCUACGAUGGGUCUAAUUUCCCGGGUCAACAUGUCGGCAGUUGGUGAAACGGGUUCAUCCCCAUCAUCUCCGUCGGCCAGAAAAGCACGCCAAACCAAACGGACCCAAUUCUCGAAGACACUCUCGAUGACGAGCGUGUCCAGCUACACCUCGACGAAUGCCAUUACGCUUUCCAACGAGCUGCUAACGCAUCUCGAUAGCAAGCGCUGUAUCUGUGCGCUCGAGUUCGUCCUUACGCUGCUAACAUCGCAGAGCCUGUUCGCCCUGAAGGAUGUGAAUCUGUCCCAGCGCGAGAAGCAACUAAUCAAGCGUGAACUCAGCACGGAGCUGUUGAUUUUUCACGAUUUCGUCAAGAAGCGCAUACAGAAGGACGCCAAGAGUAUUCUGUCGCGCAAGAAGCACGGCGCGGUUGCCAUCGUUAACGAACCAUGCCAAGAUCCGGACGAUGACGCUGAGGACGACGCCGAAAGUGGACAGCGAUCAUCCGGAAAGGGUACACCAACUGGAGGACAGCUGGAGAAGAAGCUUUCCGCUGCGAAACAACACUCGAUGCGCAUCAAUGUGGUGCGGAAAAUGCACCUUCAGCACCAACAAGCGACGGAACAAACAUCCUCAGCUAGUGACACCGUUGUAAGCCCAAUCAUCGGCUCACGGGAGUCGUCAUCGGCAUCGUCCUUCGGUGGUACCUCGUCAACGCCCAUGUUGAGGGGAAUUUUGAAACCUUCGCCUUCUGCCUCCAUCAAGCGCGUCAUGUUUGACGAAGGACCGAUCGAGGGUGCCAAAAGUAUGGCCUUUAUCGAACCGGAAGACGAGCCGAUUUUCUUCGAACCACAGGAACCCCGGUUUACGGGUCUGUCGUACGUCCAGAUGGUGGAAGAGGACUACAUUCAUCUGCUAUCGAACGUGCUGUUAAUGAUUGGUCAAAGUGAAAAUUAGCGAGU